AUGGCGCCCAUUGCCAUCACUCCGGACAACAGCUCCACCGGCAGCCCGUCAGGGGAGAGCGUCAACGGCUACUUCCAUGUCAGCACCGACAACCGCCAGGCCAAUGGGCAUACCAACGGGCACACCAAUGGCUACGCCAGCAGACACCUAGAUGGACACCCGAACGGGCAUUCAAACGGAGCCGGUAAUGGUGUUUUCAAUGGCGUCAAUGGCGUCAACGGCGUCCACGGGCCCUCGGGAGGUUUCUCUACUUCCCAUAAGCCGAUGCCCAUCGCCAUUGUGGGAAUGGCUUGUCGCAUGCCGGGCAAUGUCUCUACUCCUGCCGAGUUCUGGGAGCUCUGCACACGGGCUCGCUCGGGGUGGACCGAGAUCCCCAAGGAACGAUUCGACAGCUCCCGGUUUUACCACCCAAACCCCGGCAAGGGGGGCGCCCUGAAUCCAGUCGGCGGGAACUUCCUCAAUGUUGAUCUCGCCGCCUUCGACGCCCCUUUCUUCGGGCUCACAGAGAAGGAAGCCAUAUCUAUGGAUCCCCAGCAGCGCCUUCUCCUGGAGUGUACGUUCGAGGCCCUCGAGAACGCGGGAAUCCCCAAGCACACCAUCGUCGGGAAGGACGUCGGCGUUUUCAUCGGCGGCUCGUUCUCCGAGUACGAGUCACACCUGUUCCGGGAUUCCGAUACGAUUCCCAUGCAUCAGGCAACCGCCUGUUCGUCCAGCAUGGUCGCUGUGCAUCUGGCUUGCCAGAGUCUGCGGGCCGGCGAGAUUAGCUGUGCCCUGGUCGGCGCCUGCCAUCUCAACAUGCUACCGGAGUUUUGGAUCUCCUUUUCGACUUGCAGAUUACUUUCAGAUUCGGGGCGGUCGUUUGCUUUCGAUGACAGGGGGACCGGUUUCGGACGCGGCGAAGGCUGUGGCAUGCUGGUGCUGAAGCCACUUGACCAGGCAAUCAGGGACAAUGACACCAUCAGGGCAGUCAUUGUGGGAACCGGCUUGAACCAGGACGGAAAGACGCCCGGCAUCACCAUGCCAAACGGAGCCGCCCAAGAGGCCCUGAUGAGACAGGUGUACAAGAACGCGGGAAUCGACCCACGCGACUGCGGCUUCGUUGAAGCUCACGGAACGGGUACCCGGGUGGGGGAUCCCAUCGAGGCCACCGCCAUCCACAACGUGCUGGGCCAGAACAGGACAGCACGGAUUGCUGGCAUCAUAAAAGCUGCCCUGAUGCUCGAGCGCGGUUUCAUCCUCCCCAACUACGACUUCAAGCAACCAAACCCCAAGAUUCCUUGGAAGGAGUGGAAUCUCAAGGUCCCGAUUGCCCAGCGGCCAUGGCCGCGCGGUAAGAAAUACAUCAGCGUCAAUAACUUUGGGUUUGGCGGGACAAACGGUCACGUCGUGCUCGAGGCUCCGCCAUUCCGAGGACCAAAGGGUUCUGCCGCCGGCGGUGACGACACAUCUGGAAAGGCAGGACAAGGACGGAAGCUCUACGUCUUCACGGCCAACGACAAGACGGCGCUCUCGCAGGUGAUGAAGAACAUCGUCAUUUAUCUUGAACAGCGCCCAGAAAUCUUCCAAAAGGACCUGACAGGACAUCUAGCCUACACCUUGGGGCAGCGCCGAUCUCUCCUGCAGUGGAGAGCGGCCAUUCCGGCCGUCAAUUCUUUCGAGCUCAUUGAAGCGAUUAACGGCGAAAAGUACACUCCCGGAAAGGAGACUGGGCCGCUAAGGAUCGGCUUCAUUCUCACCGGGCAGGGCGCGCAGUGGCAUGCCAUGGGACGAGAGCUCUAUGAGCAGUAUCCCACCUUCAGCAGCAGCCUCGAGCUGGCCGACAGGUGUCUGGCUGAGAACGGUGCUGACUGGUCCCUGAUCGAGGAACUGGGAAGAGACGCAAAAACCAGCAAGAUUAACGAGGCCCAUAUCAGUCAACCGUCGUGUACUGCCAUCCAACUGGCGCUGAUUGACUUGCUGCGGUCCUGGGGCAUUCGUCCAACCGCCGUUGCUGGUCAUUCAAGCGGCGAAAUCGCGGCCGCCUACGCCGCGGAGAUCAUCGACUUCGACUCCGCCAUGCGGAUUGCGUACCAUCGCGGCAGGCUUAUUCCCAUCCUCAAACGAUCUCAUCCGGAGCUCAGAGGCCGCAUGAUGGCCGUUGGCGGCAGCAAAGAGCAGUUCCUGCCCAUUCUCGACGGCCUCAAGGAGAAGGAAGCCCGCAUCGCCUGCUACAACAGCCCCUCGAGCCUGACCAUCUCGGGCGAUGAGCCGGCCAUUGCCGAGCUCGAGAAGAUCUGCGAGGAGAAGCAGCUCUUUAACAGGCGUCUCGUGGUGGACGUGGCAUACCAUUCCCACCACAUGAACCUGGUGGCGAAGGAGUACCGAGCGUCGCUGGCCGACCUGCGGCCCCCCGUUCCCACCGACAUCCGGUUCCACUCAUCCCUUUACGGGCGCCUGGUCGACGGUACGGAGCUGCAGCCGGACUACUGGGUGGAGAACCUGACCUGCGCAGUGCGCUUUUCGGAAGCGUUGCAGAGCAUGCUGGAACCCGCCGGCGAGCACAAGCACGGCGUCAACAUGCUCGUCGAGCUUGGUCCGCAUUCCGGGCUCCAGGGGCCGAUCAAGCAAAUCCUGAAGGAGAUCGGCGGCAGCGCCCUUAAGAUCCCGUACGCGUCCGCUCUCGUACGGAAGCGUGAUGCGGUAGAGACGGCGCUGGAACUCGCUGCGGAUCUGUUCACCAGGGGCGCCAGCCUCAACUUCGGGGCAAUCAACUUCCCCAAGCCGACCAAGCCGCCCGUGCUGCUGACCGACCUGCCGCGGUACCCCUGGAAUUACUCGUCCAGGUAUUGGCAGGAGUCUCGCAUGACAAGAGCACACAAGCACGCUCCUGGCGGCCGGAGCGACAUUCUAGGCACCCUGGCCAACUACUCCAACGACUUGGAGCCCACCUGGCGCAACAUUGUCCGGCUGGAUGACCUCCCCUGGCUGCGGCAGCACAAGAUCCAGUCCUUGACUGUCUUUCCCAUGGCCGGGUUCAUUGCCAUGGCCCUCGAGGCAGCGGCUCAAAGAGCAUCCGCGAGGGGCUGCCCGUUCGACAGUUUCGAGCUGAAGGACGUCUCGAUUACCAAGCCUCUCGUCAUUCCAGACAAGGACAUCGAGGUCACGCUCACCCUCAGACCACGAAAGGAGAGCGGUCCCUCCUCCCCUGGCAGUUGGGACGAGUUCCGCAUCUGCUCCUGGUCGAGCGAACAGGGCUGGACCGAGCACUGCGUUGGUCUCAUUGCGGCUCUGGAAGCGGAUGUCAACGAGGUCGACAGUGCCAGGCGCGCUCGAGACGCGGAGGCUCGUCUCAAGACCAUCCUGUCUCGGACUAGCCAGCCGGAAGCGGUGCCUGUGACUCCACAAGCCAUGUAUGACAGCCUCUCGAAGCUGGGCGUGGCCUACGGGGCUCUUUUCCAGGGAGUAACCAGCUGCUACGCAUCCGACUCCCACGCGGUGGGGAACCUUGUGGUGCCAGACGUCGCAAAGGAGAUGCCCAGCGGUUAUCUAACCGAUGCGGUUCUCCAGCCGGCGUUCCUCGAGUCUCUCAUUGAGAUGUAUUGGCCCAUUGUCGGAGCUGGUCGACGUCCCGUCGGCACCAUCUAUCUGCCCUCGUCUGUCGACCGGGUUACUGUCUCUCUCGGCGUCCAGCGGUUUACCAAGGACCCUGGCAGCGCGGUCCGCGCCGUUUGCGAAGGCGAGAUCGCCGCUGGUUCGAGCCCCAAGCCAGCCAAGGUCAACGUGGCCGCCGUCACGGGCGACGACAAGCUUGAGACGCUCAUCUCCCUGGAUGGUCUCACCAUUUCCCCCAUCCUCGACGGCGAGACGCAGGCGGACUCCGCCGCAGCGAGGGAACUCUGCUAUAAGUUGGAGUGGGAUCCGAUCCUCGAGACCGACGACGAGAGCGUCCAAGACCUUCCAACGGACGCCCAGGUCGUCAUCAUCCACGAGGACUCCAGUUUCCAAAGUCUCGUGGCAAUGGGCCUGGCAAACUCUCUGGAGCAGGCCACUGGGAGGCUGGCUGACUUUGGCACUCUGGAAACCGUCGACGCUGCCGGCAAGAUCUGCGUCUUUCUGAGCGAGCUGCACCAGCCGUUCCUUGCGACACUCACACCCGCCCAGUUCGACGGCCUGCAGAGGCUGUUGACGUCCGUCGAGGGCGUACUGUGGGUCGUGCGCGGAGCGUACGACAACUCGGCAAACCCAGAUGCCAACAUGGUGACCGGCUUGAGCCGAACCAUCCGAUCAGAGACUGCGCUGAAGUUUGCUACCCUCGAUCUGGACGCCGAGUCACCGCUCUCGGAGCUUGAGACGGCCGACGCGAUCAUGAAGGUCUUCAAGUUCGUCUUUCACUCGGGUUCCUCCAUGUCUGGAGAACUGGAGUUCAUGGAGAGAGGCGGGCGUUUCUACACGCCUCGAAUUGUUCACGAUCCCGAGAUGGACGAGUACGUCCACAAGCAGACAAACCCAUCCGCUCUCGAGCCUACGCUGUUUGGGGAGGACCACCGAGCUUUGAAGAUGGCACUGUCAGCGCCGGGCGCGUUGGAGACGCUCCACUUCGUUGACGACCCGGCUGCUGAGCAGCCGCUGGAGGCCGACGAGGUUGAGAUUGAGGUUAAGGCCAUCGGACUGAACUUCCGGGACGGUAUGGCUGCCAAAGGCCAAAUCCCUCUGGGCAGUUGCGGAAUCGAAGCAAGCGGAGUCGUCACCGCGGUGGGAAGCAAAGUCACGGCCUACCGGGCUGGCGAUCGUGUCGCGGCGCUUACCACAGGUGCGUUUGCGACGCGAACGAGGACAAAGGCGGCCUUCGCCUUCAAGAUCUCGGCGGACCUCACAUUCGAGGCUGCUGCCAGCCUGCCGCUCGCGUAUGCGACAGCAUACUACAGCUUGGUAGAGCUUGGGCGGCUCGGUGAAGGCGAGACUGUCCUCAUCCACUCCGCGGCCGGCGCUGUUGGACAAGCAGCCGUCUGCAUCGCACAAAUGAUCGGUGCUGAGGUCUUUGUGACUGUUGGAAGUGCGGAGAAGAAAGAGCUCCUGUUGAAGGAGUUCGGACUCCCGGACGAGCGUGUCUUCUACAGCCGCAACAGCUCCUUUGCAGACGCAAUUUGCCGAGAUACGCAGGGGCAUGGCGUCGACGUCAUCCUCAACACCCUCACCGGGGACGGGCUCCGCGAGUCUUGGAGAUGUCUGAACAAGUUCGGGCGCUUCAUUGAGCUUGGCCGGGGAGAGAAUGUCUCUAAGGCGCGGCUGGAAGUCGACAGAAUCGACAGCAACGCCAGCUUCAUCUGCCUUGACAUGCUGGCCCUGAUCUCUGAGCGGCCAAAGACCAUCAAGCGGCUACUUGCGGACGUUGCGCAGCUCUUGAAGUACGGCAAGAUCAGGCCCGCAGUUCCCAUCACAAGAUUCCCCAUCUCGGACGUCGAAACGGCGUUGAAGACGCAGCAAACUGGGAAGUCAAUGGGCAAGCUCGUGGUGGUUCCCAGUGCGACUGACGUCGUCAAGGCUGCUCGUUCUAGGAAGGCGAAGCCCCUCCUCCGCUCGGAUGCCACCUAUAUCCUGGUCGGCGGCACUGGUGGCCUCGGCCGCAGUUUUGCUAGGUGGAUGGCGGCGAAGGGAGCAAGGAACAUCGUGCUGGUCUCGAGAAGCGGCUCCGUAACGGGCAGGGUAAAGGAGCUCGUCGACGAACUUGGCGCAAUUGGCACCAACGUCGUUGUUCGCCGCUGCAACGUUGUCAACAAGAGCGAAGUGGACGAGCUUAUUAGCUCCAUCCUCGGCGACCUGCCCCCUAUCCGCGGUGUGGUGCAUGGCACCAUGGUACUCAGGGAUGUGCUUUUCGAAAAGAUGGCGUGGGAGGAUUACACGCAGGUCAUCGAGGGCAAGGUGCAAGGCGGAUGGAACUUCCACCACGCACUCGCAGACUCGCCGCUCGACUUCUUCGUGGCUAUCUCCUCGGCCGCAGGCGCCGUCGGCAACCGCGGGCAGGCCGCCUACAGCGCGGCGAACUGCUUCCUCAACGCGCUGGUGCAGCACCGUCUCGCCCGCGGCCUGCCCGCGGCCUCGCUCGACCUGACCGCCGUUUCCGACUCGGGCUACCUGGCCGAGGACCUCGAGAAGGCGGCCGAGGUGGCGAGGAACCUCGGCAGCGACAGUAUCUGCGAGAGCGAGGUGCUCGCGCUGCUCCAGGCCGCCAUCGACGGCACGAUGGCCUCGACCUGCAACAGCCACGCCAUCACCGGCAUGCGCAUCACCGCGACCAUGCGGCCGUUCUGGACCGAGGAUGCCAAGUUCAAGGCGAUGCGCAUCGCGGCCGAGGAGGCGGCGGCCAAGGACGCUUCGCUCAACGCCGUGGUGUCCUUCAAUGCUGCCCUCAAGCAGGCAACCACGCGCGCCGAGGCGGAGGAUGUCAUCUGCCGCGGCCUGGUCGACAAGAUCUCCUCGGUCCUGAUGAUGGAAGCCGAGGAGUUGGACAUCACCAGGUCGCUGUCCCAUUACCCGCUGGAUUCGCUGGUGGCGAUUGAGAUCCGCAACUUUAUCACGCGCGAGUUCGAGGCGAAUCUGCAGGUUUUGGAGCUGCUGUCGAGCGGGUCGAUCCAGACGCUUGCGAAGGGGGUCUGCGCGAAGAGCAAGCUUGUUACUUUCUCUUAG